AGGGCGACGAACGGAUUCUGUAUGUGGAAAGGGGAGUGUUCACAUUUACUUUUCAUCACACGGAAACAGUGAAGAGAGUUUCAUUUAGCUAGCAUAGAAUACAGUUGAACUCGUCGGUGUCACAUCACGAUCAUACUUACUACAAUGAGCGGCAGAGGGAAACCACGAAGCGUGCGCGCAAAGAGUCCGGAACCAGCGCAUGCCAAGAAUCCGGUUCGGGCCAAGAGUGCCCGGCAACCUCCAAAGGAACCAGUGAAAGACACUAAGAAGGAAACGCAACAGGUCACUGAUGAAUACAACCCCAAGAAAACCAAGGAACAUAAGCAGCCUAAGCGCAUCACUGAGGAAAAGGCACCUGUGCCACAGAAGUGCGUAGAAGUUAAAACCGGAUCAAGGAUGGUCAAAACAGGUUACAGCGUUGACUCAAAUCCGAAUAAGAUCCUGUUUACAACCAUUGAACAAUUGAAGAUUAAGAAGAAACAGAAAUCGGAAUCAGCAAGUAUUGUCAAUGACACGGUAAAGCAUAUAAUGGACCACAUGAAAAAGUGUACAGAAUGCUUCAAAGAUGUAAAUGAUCUGCGCACUGGGAGUUAUUACGAGAAUUUAAAGAUUUCUAAUCCCGACGAAUUUGACGUGAUGUUAACUGUGCCUGUCGAGCGGGUGGACAUUCGGCCGUUUGGGGAUGUUGGGGCGUUUUACAGCGUGGCGUUCAAACGAGGAAAACACUCGUUGGAUCGCUUUCUAUGUGAAGACAACACAAUAUCUGCCAGUGGAAUGCUUACGGAGUUCAGAAACGAGGUUAAAAAGUGUGUGAAGAUACUCAAAGACGUGGGGUUGGAGAAGAAAAAGAAGGGUUGCCCGGCGGUGACCUUACUGAUAAACGGGACGGGAACAGUCCCUAUCUCACUGGACAUUGUUCUGGGUCUUGAGGUCCGCUCGAGCUGGCCCACUUUCACCCAAGGAGGCAUAGACAAAAUAGACAUCUGGCUCGGGACCAAAGUGAAGAAAGAACAAAAGCUUAAGGGGUACUACCUCGUUCCGAAGUACGAGGGAAAGGGCACGGUGGAACGGGAAGGUGUCUGCGCUAAAGAUGCAUGGCGCAUCUCAUUCUCGCAUGUGGAAAAGAGUAUCCUAACAAAUCAUGGCUCCCAGAAGACCUGCUGCGAGGCCAGCGGGACUCGCUGCUGCAGGAAGUUCUGUCUGAAGCUUCUGAAGCACCUGUUGGGCUUGCUGAAGGCAGAGAACCCUAGUCUGUCCAAGUUCUGUUCCUACCACGCCAAGACCACCCUGCUCCAUGCCUGCUGCUCCAGGACCCAGGACAGCGACUGGGAGGCGGCCCAGCUGGGACCAUGCUUCCAGCAGCUGCUGGAGGACUUUGAGGGCCACCUGAAAGAUGGCAUGCUCCCCAACUUCUUUAUCCCCAAACACAAUCUACUGGGCUCCGGCCAUGACCGCAAGAGCUGUCAGUUCCUGGCCCGGCGCAUCGAGGAGGAACGCAACAAUGGUUUCCCCAUUUUCCGCAAGUGAGUCAGGGCCUUGAUCACCUCCCUUUAAUGACUCACCCAGAGGCCCAAUAGGCAUAAGUGGAGUACAGUGGUGGUUCUCAUAAUGUUGUCUAUUCUUAAAGCAAAGGCAUGGGCAGGAGGAAUUGAAGAGCAGAGGAGUCGGAAGUUUAAUUUCAUUCAGAUCUUACUUGACGAGUUUUGAGUGAGAGCCAACUGCUCCUCCAACAAAUUAUAAAAGGUAAUGUAGCACUUUCCUGCUGUCAAUGAACAAAAGCGCGCUCUUAGGACUCAUGGGUGGAAUGUUAUUAAUAUAUUUUUUUGUAAUUUCAUAACGAUUCAUAAGAUUAUUUUUAAAAACCCGACAAAAAUCUGGAGUUUCUAUGUCAAACAGUUUUGUUAUAUUUCAGUGUUCUGUGAUGUAUAUAAGUGUAAUAUUGGGAUGCAAAGUAAAAAAUGUAUAAAUCUCAACUCUGUAUCUGACACGGUACAGGUGUCUUCUUUUUUAAGCCCAUAACCAUGUUUGAGGUGUAUACUUUUGUUUAAGACUACCAAGAAUCACUCUGUGUGACCCUACAUUUUGCCCACUGAAGUAAAAGGUUAAACAAACUCAGUACAACACUAUUCAUUGUUCAAUAAAUAAACAUACAAAUGUGCAACACAAAAAAAGGCUGAACACUGGAGGUUCCAGCAUGGAAGUUGCAAGUUGCUUCUUCUUCUGGGGAAAGAAAUUACAGAUUCCAAAGACAAUUGGCAAUGGGAUAUUGGACUCUAAACCACAAAAUAUUAGUAGUUUUAGCACUAGGAGCUAACAUGAGCUUUCAGUGAGGAUUUUCCAUAACUUUUUAAAAAUCGCUUACAAAUAAUUCCAUACUAAAUUCUACCUACUCAGGAUGUCAACACCAUCUAUUCCUUGCAGAGUAUUUGUCCACCUGUGUGUCUGUCUUGGCCAAAACAAGAGGAAGAAACAGAUUUUCCCUGGUGUAUGUUUUGCUGUUUUGAAUUGUUAGAAACUGACUGUGACAGUUGGUCCAGGUGCAUGCUGGGAAACUCCAGCUAUAAUAUUUGUGACCACGGUCAUUGAUUCGAACUGUCUAACAGAGAGAGAGAGAGAGUGUGUGUGUGUGAUGUGAACACAUUGCAGUUGCCUCUCUGUUUACCCAAUAUGUAUUUCUGUUCAGCUUUUGUUCACACAAGUUUAUUAUUAGCCAUUCAUUGGAAUUUAAGGCCUGAGGGCAGAGGUGUUUUCAGCUGUAUACCAAUAAAUUGGAAUGUGCAUGUGUGAAAUACCCUACUGUCAGGCGCAGGAGAACGGACUUGGUAAAAACGGAGUUGUUUAAUAAAUGCUGAUAAAACUCCAAAAAAACUAAAUGUACAAAAUAACAAAAGUGGGUACAAAACCCAUCACACACCAACAUAAUACAUGCACGUCACAUACCAUCAAGCAAUCUCAAACAAAUACAUGAGGGGAAACAGAGGGUUAAAUACAAAACAUAUAAUUGAUGGGAUUGGAACCAGGUGUGAAGGAAGACAAG